AUGGAAGGCAUAGAAGAUACUGUAGACGAUACAGAAUACGUAGCGUCGGAACAUGAUCGUCUAGUAAGUGCAAUAUCGAAGUUAGACAAGACGCAACACAUUUCCGAGCCUACUCGCAAUGAGCCGACGAAUAUCAAUUCAGAGUUUAAUUUAAUUAAAAGAACGACGAAGCUAGACUUGAGUAAUGUUGUUAAUGUAUUAGGUGACACCGCACGUCAUACACAGAUUGGUAAGAAACUUAAGAAAAGUCAGGAUGCGUCCACAGUCUUGUCAAAACCAUUGGAGAGGCCGCAGGUUGAGCGUAUCAAGCGAUUGACAGGAUACGAUGCAACGAAGAAGAGAGUCGGAAGAUGGGACCCUGUUGUCGCUAGGAGUCACACUGUGGACUAUGUAUCUUUUCCCUUAAAAAGUGUCUCUGCAAAAUUGCAACCAACUGAAGAGUUUAUAUCAAAAUUCGAGCUUAAAUCAGCAUUAGAGAAAGAAUUAGAAGAAUUGGAUCCUCCAGCAAUGGUUGAAGAAGAGGAUGAAGAAGAAAAACUGUAUCCAAUGACGUACCAGGAGAUGGUAGAGCACAGGCAGCAUUUGGCUAAGAUGAGAGCACAGCAGUCAUAUCAGGCAGCUAAAGCUAAGCGGCAAAGCAAGAUAAAGAGUAAAAAGUAUCAUAGAAUACGGAAGAAAGAAAAGCUUAAAGCACAGCUGAAAGAAUUUGAAGAAUUACAAAAGAAAGAUCCUGAAGAAGCUUUAAAGAAACUGGAGGCUUUGGACAAAGUUCGUGCUUUGGAGCGACAUACACUAAGGCAUAAAAAUACUGGAAAAUGGGCUAAAAGUAAAUUGGUUCGCGCCAAGUAUGACAAAGAUGUAAGGCAAGAACUAGCUGAACAACUGGCUGUAAGCAGGGCAUUGACUCAAAAAACUCAAGAGAAUGAUUCUUCGGAUGAUGAUCCAGAAAUAAAUGAAACUAUAUCAGAUAUACCACUUUCACAAGACCCUAUGAAUCCUUGGAUGUUGAAAAGAUCAGAUAAACCCAAUGUUGAUGAGUUGUUUGACUUUGGAUAUAAGAAACAUGUUCAAGGAAGAAUGUUUAAGAAGAAAGAUGAUAGUGACUCUGGUGAAGAUGAACCUAGCGUCUUAGAAAAAAUUAAAGAAGGUGUAAGAAAACUCAAUGAACAUGAUGUAAAAGCUCAAGAUGAUACCAGCAUGAAAGCUGUUUCAUCCAAUUCAGAAAAAAUAUUAUCUGAUCAUGAAGAUUACACCAGUUGUAAUAAAGGUAAAAGGACAAAUACUAAAGCAAACACAGCUCCUGUUGAUAUUACUAAAAAUUAUGAAGAACCACAAACAAAGAAAAGCAAAAAGUCUGUUCAAAAUGUUUCCAUAAAAAAGGGUGAAAAUGUUAGUACAAAAUUAGUAGCCACUUCAAAAUGGAUUGUUGAGUCUAUAAUAGACAAUAACCAAAGCAAAGUUGGCACAAAUUCAGAAACAAAACCCCCACAUGACAUUUUGACAGCAUUUGAUUCUCUUGAAGAUGAUAUAGCUGGCAAGGUAGAGAAGAAAUUGCAGAAACUUAGAAAAAAUAUAAAAAAACUUGAUAGAAUGAAGCCAAAUAAAACAGAGAACACCCAAGAAAAGAAGGAUUUUGAUAAUUUGGAAUAUUUUAAGAUGAAAAAUCAGAAAGUAAAGGCAAUUAUUGACGAGGAAUUGAUUGAAACUGCAAGUAAAAAAAUAGAAGAUUCUAAGUGUUUAAGUAAACCACUUUCUAAAGUGAUAGAAACUGCUCAAGUCACAACUUCCCAGGAAAACUUUAAUUCCAAUAUCGACCCAAGCAGAUUCAUAGAAGUGAAGCCCAAGUAUUUGAACACUGCACUACCAGGUGGUGCAAAUGACUAUGAUCUCUUAGAUGAUGAUGAACAGGUUGUGCCCAAGGUUAAUAUAGAGGAAGUGUUUGAGGAAGAUGAUGUUGUAGAUAGUUUUAGACAAGAAAAAGAAGAUGAGAUAAAUAAGGACAAGUUGGAAGAUGUUGAUUUAAGCCUCCCUGGUUGGGGAACCUGGGGUGGCAAAGGUGUAAAACCUACUAAGAGGAAAAAGAACAGGUUUAUUCUCAAAGCUGCACCACUAAUGCCGCGUCGUGAUAUAAAUAAGGGCGACAUCAUUAUCAAAGAGUAUAAAGACCCAAAACUUCAAGUGCAUAAAGUUUCAGAUGUCCCAUUCCCAUUCACAACUGUGAAGGAUUAUGAAGCCUCUAUAAGAGCUCCAUUGGGCAAUACGUUUAUUCCUGAAAAUGCUCAUAAAAAGUUGAUCAAGCCUAGUGUGAUUACUAAGGCUGGUACAGUUAUUGAUCCGAUGGAUGAGGAUGAACUACUUGGAAAGAGAAAUCAUAACUUUACUAAUGAAUCUGUUUUAAAAUUAUUAGGUCAAAAAUAAAGACCA